CUGUCUCUGGCGCGUCGGCAGUCGUUUGUCAGCUCGGGUGCGUUGUGUUGCCUGGCCCUGUAUAUCACGUCGUCGCCGUCGUCGGCAUCACUCAACUCGACUUUGACUCUCUACUCCUCUUCAUCACGAUCGUGCACCACAUACACCCUCCCUGGUCCACCCCCCCGGGCACCACUUCCCAAGCUCGCACACUAUCGCGGCACACCAAAGCCGUCGUCACACCACACCACAGUCUACUCUACUUUAGCGUCUCGCCCGAUUACCACCCCCGGCAUUCCGAUAUAACUCGGCCCCGCCCACCAACACAAACUCCACAACCCUCCUUUGAACAACAAGACCAUUCGCCACCAUGUCUUCGCCAUCCAGGCAAGACGGUGGUCCACCACCUGACCCUCCUCUGCAGCAGCCAGACGCGCCGUCGUCCCCACCACAGGCCAGUAGCAGCACCUCGCCCGACACGCCGCCGACGCCGCAGCAGCAGCAACAGCAGCCGGGCGCCACCACCGCCUCGCCAAGCACUCCGCGGACUGCUGGCACGGCGGCGGCCACUGGCGGCACCGCAGCAACGGCAACCUCACCCCCUACAGGCUCCUCUCGUCGCCCACUGAGCUCAAUAUCCUACUUCAUCCCGCUCACCGGCAACGACGGCCAGGCGACGACCACCGAGAAUGGCGACCGCAUAGGCUUCACGUGGACACUCGAGGUCUACACCAACGACGCCGAGGGAAUGGAGGCAGCCAAUGCGUCCGACGACGCGGAGCCGAACGCUGGAGGCGAUGCCGGAGCACCCAACGCCACCGGCGGCGACGCCGACGACGGCACACAAGGCCCUGCCGCCAACCCGGGUGCCGAUGCGCCAGCAGCCCCCGGUGCAGCCGACCAAGAGCCACCACGGCGCGUCGUGUUCGUGAUCGGACCAGAUGGCCGCAUGCUCCCUCGUCCUGGAGCGGAUCCGACGCUGGCUAGUGCUGCCGCUGGGCUCGGGGCCAUGGCAGCGGCCGGUCUCCGCGCUGGAGGCUUCAUCAUGCCCUUCCCAUUUGCGUUCCACACGCCUGCGCCGGCUCCCGACCCGGCCAAGGCGGCCGAGCUCCUCGCCUCGCUCCCGACAGUCGGGCGCGCCCUUCUCCGCCGCAUCGACAAGAUUGUCACGGCAGAAGACGAGGCGAGUGGCAAGGAGGACGAGGAUCGCGGGUGGCGUUGCGGAAUUUGCCUCGAAGGCAUUGUCGCCCCGACCGAAGCGUCGAAUGAGCCCAGCCAGGAACCCACAUCGCAGACGGUCAAGGCCCUGCCUUGCAACCACCUCUUCCACGAGGAGUGCCUUCAGCCAUGGUUCACAUCGCACCACACUUGCCCUACGUGCCGUCUGGAUCUUGACCCGCUGCGCACCCUUCACCCUCCACGCCAGACCCGCGGGGUGCGCCCGCCAGCCACUGGAUCUGGCCGUGAAACGCCCGGCGCUCACCCCUAUGCUCGUGGUGGAGCAGCUCGCCCAGGCAGACCCGCUUCGACCGUUAACGGAAGCGAGACCGCAGCGUCUCGUCCCGGUUCCCAGCCCUCGUCCAGACCUGGUUCUAGGCCAGCCACUCCAACGACGGACCGGGCGCCUCCGUCCAUCCUUGAUGGUCUUCGGCUCUUUGACACGCACCCGAUGGUGGCGUCGCCUGUGCCGAUGGACCGUGGCGAGCUUCCGCAGCGAUCGGCUCAAGAGUCCAGAGCCGAGACGACGCAGCCAGUCGCUGAGCCGUCGACCGCAGCGCCUUCCACGACACCUCCAGCUGCGCCCGCAGCACCUACCGCUCCCCGACUAGGAGCCUCAGCGUCGGUUCCGAGCUCGCCUCAGAUUGGCGGACCUGCGCCUGGAGACAACAAUGCGCCGGGUCUCGCGCGCCCGACCCCCGAAAGGCGACCCCACAUCCACUUCUUCCCAUUCCCCUUUGGCAACCUUGCCCCCAACCCGCCGCGCGCGGGCUCUGAGCCUCCUGCCAACACUGCAACGCCUCCUGCCCCCGCCAACGCGCCUCGCGACCAACUUCAUGACUUUGACGAGCCCCGCAUGAGGUUCCCCUUCGACUGGCUGUUCAUGGGAGCAGGUGGUGGACCCCCGCAGCCCGAGGAGCCGGCCCCGGCUCAGACUGAAACCCCGUCUCCUGUUCCCAUUGAGCGCCAGUCGCUCGAGUCGUGGACCAAGGAGCGCGAGAAGACGCUUGGCUGGCGCUGCGACGGCAUCGAGUGCCUUAUCGCCCCUCCGGUCCCUGAGAACGAUGACAAGGACGAGGACAUGGCUGUCGACGACGAGUCGAACGAGGCGAUCGACGCGGAUUUCACAUCGUCCGACAAGGAGAUGCUUGCGAUUUACGCGUCGAACCAGGCCCCGUUCAACGGGGAGAUCAACAUUGAGGAGGAGCAAGCCCACCCGCACGCCGACUACGUCCUCCUCGCAUGCAAGCACCGCUGGCAUCGUGCCUGCCUAGAGACUGCGGAGCGCAGUGCAGGCCACACGAUCAAGGCGGACGCAGAGGGCCGCGAGUGGGUCCGCUGUGCCCGCUGCAGGAAGGAGGGGUGGGUCGUGCCCCGUCAUGACGAGGAGCCCGCAGCGACGACGACGGCUCCUGCGCCGAUUGAUGUCGACGCGUGAGGAGGAGCCUUGUCGCUGCCGUUUUAGAAUGGACACUGCAACCACAACCAGCAUUACGACAAGUACCUAGAUUGCACACAAGCCUUAACCCCCAUCCAUCCCAUUGCACACACACCACCACAACACUCAGCACACUCAGACCGUAAUCGUUGUACAGAUACCAAUACCCCAGUGUCACCUGUCUUGUGAGAAUUUAUGCUCACACUUAGAUAUGAAUGCGACCAGUCCAUGUCACUAUGCAUCGUAGAUUAGACCUCAAAAGACCUGAUGCAUG